GAUGGCUAAUGUUACUGGUUCUGAAGAACAACUCGUUCUUGAUUCUGCGCAACUUGAACUUGAAGUCAAGAAGAAGCGACUCUUGGAGGAACUCGAAUCCGCGUUGGUCCCCAAAGACGCUGCUGACAAAGUCGUAACGGCACAGCCGAAUCCUAUUCGCCCUUCCUUAGGGAUCGAGGUUAUUGACGAAACGGCGUUACUCCACUCCGUUGUCAAGAACGGUGCAUCUAAACAAUCCAUUUCAAGAAGAAGAGGAGGAGGAUCCAAGAACACCACCACCACCACCACCACCACCACCAUCACCACCACCAAGAAACCCGAAGAGUCAAACUCAAAGUCAAAGAGUGUGAAAAAGUACUCACGCAAGGAAAUGGAGGCUUUGAGAUUCGUGAAGCUCGCUCAACAGCGCAAAUUGUGGAAAGCAAUACACGCUUCACUUCAAAGCGCCGUCGCCAACGAGUACGAAACUCUGCUUUUCACUCCCCAAAAUCCUCUUCCACGCAGCAAACCAAUCCUCACAGGUGCAGCAAAUUGUGAAAAUAUGGAUGGUAAAAAUGUGAGUUCUGAAGACCCUUCUUGUACUCAUAGUCUAAUGGGUGAGGAGCUCUCAACUGUGGAAGAGUGCAGUGAAGAUGAUGAUAGUGAGGAAGAUUGUGCUAGCAUCCUAAGGCCUGCCUUUUUCGUUGCGGGAGAACCUAAUUUUGAUGCUGGUCCACCAGAAGACGGAUGGGAAUAUCUCAGGCGUGUCAGGUGGGAGGCUGAUCAAAUUCCAAAAGUGAAGGUAGCAAAACUUGAUAGAAGUAAACUUAACAAAGAACAAAGUGCUUAUAUGCCCAAGAUUCCUGAUAUUGCCAAGUGUCCGGACCAUCUGUUGCCAUUGAAACAGUGGGAGGAUGUAUUUCUUGCUGAAUUUUCAGCACUGAGAACGAAUUUCUCAUGCCUUGAUGGUUCUAGUGCCAUAUGUUCCAGUAAUCUACAUGUUCAGAGUCGCAUCUCACAGCUAGUUGGGAACGAUUUUGGAGAAUUUUCUGGUGUUAUGAACAGAGAUGUCUUACUUUGUAAUCAUUUGAGCAUUGGUAAAGCAAAUGAUGAAUCUACUAACUUGACUGCUGAAGGCAAGGAAACCUCCAUUGAUCAAACUAGCAGCAGCUCUCCCUCUCCUCCUUUGCUGUCUGUAAUCUUAGCAAUAGACUCUGUAGCUCGGGUAUCGAUGUUACUGAAACGAAUUAGGUUGCUAGAGCCUGCAAACACCCUCACAAAAAAUGAUUGCAUGUGGCUUUUUGCUCUCUGUGCAACAGUUGAUGCUCCUCUAGACGCUGACACUUGUGCUGCUCUCAGGAGUCUGCUGCGGAAGUGUGCUAGCAUCCGUGCCGGUAAGGCUGAACUGGAUGACGAGGUUGUAAUGUUGAAUAUAUUGGCUACAAUUUCGGGGAGGUAUUUUGGACAGUCUGAAAACUGAAUUUCCCAGUUUUGUAACUUUGUUAUGCCAUCCGUGGGAAUUGGGAUGGGCAAUAAAAUGUA